AUGUGGGAGCCCGAGAGCGGGAGAGGGGGCGAUGGCGGCGACAGUAAGUCCGAUGGCUUCGAGCACAGGGGCCAAUCCUGGUAAUGUCCCCUCUCUUCUUCUUCCUGGCCUCCUUUCAGAAGCUCCGAUCUCACUUCUCGGUUCAUGGCCGGCGACUCAAUUCCUUCCAGGCACGUCGCCACCGACGCUCCCAGCGACCUCCUCGUCAGAGUUGCCGGCGUCAGCUUCCAUCUUCACAAGGUACUGCUCUCUCCCCCUCUCUCUAGACUUCUCUCUCUCCUCUCUCCCACUCUGUCUGCAGUUCUCUCCUCUCUACUGUCAUCUCCGUCGUCGAUUCGUCUGCUUCCUCUAGCCUCCACCAAUCUCGCUCUAGACUUAUCUCUAUCUCCCUCUCUCUCUUCCAUACCGCCUGCAGUUAUCUCUUCUUCUUUCUACAGUCAUCUCCGUCUCUGAUCCGUCUGCUCUCUCCGGCCUCCACCAUUCUCUCUCUAGACCUCUCUCUCUCUAUCUCCCUCUCUCCCGUACUGCCAGCAAUUAUCUCUUCUUCUCUCUACAGUCAUCUCCGUCACCGAUCCGUCUGCUUCCUCUAGCCUCCACCAUUCUCACUCUAGUUUUCUCUCUCUCUCACUCUGCCUGCAGUCCUCUCGCACAGUCAUCUCGUCUCCGAUCCGUCUGCUUCCUCCAGCCUCCACCAACUUCUCUCUAGACUUCUCUCUCUCUCUCUCUCUCUCUCUCCCAUACUACCUCCAAUUCGUUCUCUCUUCUUCUCUCUACCGUCAUCUCCAUCUCCGAUCCGUCUUCUUUCUCCAGCCUUCACCAUUCAUCCUCUCUCCAGAUUUCUUCUCUGAUGUGGUUGUCCUGGUGGCGCUGGUGGCCAUGGCGAAGUAUCCCCUUCUGUCGAGGAGCGGGAGGCUGAGCAGGAUCUUCCACGAGGAGCGGCGGGGCGACGCGGAGCAACUGAGUUGCAUCGAUCUGGAGGACCUCCCCGGCGGCGCCGCCUCCUUCGAGCUAGCCGCCAAGUUCUGCUACGGCAUCGCCGUCGACCUCACGGCGGGGAACAUCUCCGGCCUCCGCUGCGCCGCCGAGUUCCUGGAGAUGACCGAGGACCUCGAAGAAGGCAACCUCAUCUUCAAGACCGAGGCCUUUCUCAGCUACGUCGUCCUCUCCUCCUGGCGCGACUCCAUUGUUGUCCUGAAGACCUGCGAAUCCCUCUCGCCAUGGGCCGAGAACCUGCAGAUCGUCCGCCGCUGCAGCGAGUCCAUUGCCUGGAAGGCCUGCGCAGGCCCCGCCGCCGGCGACUCCACGGACAGCAGCCCCCGCCGGAGCCGCCGGCAGGCGGCGGCGGCCGACUGGUGGAUGGAGGACGUCGCGGUGCUGAGGAUCGACCACUUCGUGCGGGUGGUCACCGCCAUCAAGGUGAAGGGGAUGCGGCCGGAGCUCGUCGGCGCCGCCAUCAUGUUCUACGCCGGCAAGUGGCUCCCAGGGAUGGCGAAGGAGGGGGGGGCCCUCGAGGAGGGACUCCACAUCGUCGUCUCCGGCGCCGGCGGGGGCGCCGCAGGGAAUAUGAGGGAGCAGAGGAUGACGGUGGAGAGCCUGAUCAGCAUCACGCCGCCGCACAAGGACAGCGUCUCGUGCGGGUUCCUGCUGCGGCUGCUGCGGCUGGCGACGAUGCUGGGGGUGGCGCCGGCGCUGGUGACGGAGCUGGAAAAGAGGGUGGGAAUGCAGCUGGAGCAGGCGGAGCUGGCGGACCUGCUCAUCCCCUGCUACGGCAGCGCCACCGCCGGCGGGGGGGAGACGCUGUACGACGUGGACCUGGUGCGGCGCCUGGUUGAGCACUUCCUCGUCCAGGAGCAGCACGACGGCGGCGCCGCCGCCAAGACCAGGGUCGCCCGUCUCCUCGACAGCUACCUCACCGAGGUUGCCAGAGACAGGUGAGCAUGGCCAAGAUGAAUCCUUCCCCUCCCUCUCUCCUCCUCGGCCAUCGCUGAUUCUUCCUUCCUUUUCCCGACUACGAUUCUUCCUUCCUCUUCCCAACUUUUCCUACCCCACCAUGGCUGAUUCUUCCUUCCUCUACCCAAUUGCUCCUCCGCCAUGACUGAUUCUUCCUUCCACUUCCCAUCUCCUCCUCCGCCAUCAUGGCUGAUUCUUCAUUACGCUUCCCAACUCCUCCUCCUCAGUUGAUUCUUCCUCUUCUCAACUCUUCCCCUCCUCCGACAUGGCUGAUUCUUCCUUCUUCUUCCCAACUCUCCGCCAUGGCUGAUUAUUGUUCUUGAUCCUGUGAGAGGGGCAGGAACCUGUCGCCGACCAAGUUCCAGGUGCUGGCGGAGGCGCUGCCGGACACUGCGAGGUCCUCCGAUGACGGCCUUUACAGGGCGGUGGAUUCGUAUCUCAAGGCCCACCCGGGCCUCUCCGAGCACGAGAGGAAGCGUCUCUGCCGCGUCAUGGACUGCCAGAAGCUCUCCAUGGACGCCUGCAUGCACGCCGCGCAGAACGAGCGCCUCCCCCUGCGCGUCGUCGUCCAGGUCCUCUUCUCCGAGCAGGUCAAGCUCAGCAGCGCUGUCGCCGGCGGCGAAGCGGCGGCGACGGUUCCGGCGAGAAGGGCGCUGCUGGAGGGCACUCCGCAGUCGUUCCAGGAGGGCUGGGCGGCGGCGAAGAAGGACAUCAACUCGCUCAAGUUCGAGAUGGAGGGGAUGAAGGUGAAGUACCUCGAGUUGCAGGGGGAAGUUGAGAGCUUGCAGAGGCAGCUCGAGAAGGCCGCCAUGAAGGCCCCCAAGAACUCCUCUGUCCCUUCCUCGGGCUGGACCAGCGGGUGGAAGAAGCUGAGCAGGCUGACCAAGAUGGGGGCGGACGGCUCGGACCAUGAUAACCAGCCUCGGUCCGGCCAUGGUCCGGCGGCGCCGCCGGCGCCGGCGAGGAAGGGACAGAGGAGGUGGAGGAACUCCGUCUCCUAG